UCGUGAAGCUCCACUGGUUUCAGAGAGAGAGAGAGAUGGGGUCAGAGACGUUCUUGGAAGUCAUCUUGGCCAUCUUGUUACCACCUGUGGGAGUCUUCCUGCGAUAUGGCUGUGGUGUGGAGUUCUGGAUCGACCUCCUGUUGACGAUACUGGGUUACAUACCAGGAAUAAUUUACGCCAUAUAUGUGUUGGUAGGAUAGUGAUGCAUGUAGAUGGAAUGUAGAUGGAGGAGGGAUCAUUACAUAGUAGUAGUGGCAGCAAGAAGAAGACAUGAAGAUGUUUCGUGGAUAAACGAUGAUCUACUCUCACUUUUUUUUAUA